GCUAACAGACCCCUCAGUGGAUUUCAGUGGAAAAGCUACGAUCCUGAUUCCAGUGGAAAAGACCCUUCAACCCAGAAAUUAGGGUCGCCUCCCACUCCCCUUCCCCUGGCGCCGUCCCAGCCCGUCUCCACCACCACUCCCCACCCACAGAGGGAACAGAAGAUGAAGUACAUCAUUGGCAUUGGCGGCAUGACCAACGGAGGAAAAACUACACUGACCAAUAGACUCAUCAAAACCUUACCAAACUGCUGUGUGAUCCACCAGGAUGACUUUUACAAGCCACAAGAUCAAAUAGAAGUCGGGGAAGACGGCUUUAAGCAAUGGGACGUGCUGGAAUCUUUGGACAUGGAGGCCAUGUUGAACACAGUCCUGGAAUGGCUAAACAACCCCAUGAAGUUUGCCCGCACCCAUGGAAUCAACAUCCAACAGAACUCCCAGGAAUCCAACUCCGAUGAUACCCACAUCCUCAUCCUGGAAGGCUUCUUGAUCUAUAGUUACAAGCCCUUGCUGGAUUUGUACAGUCGCCGUUACUUUUUGACUGUUCCAUAUGAGGAAUGCAAGAGAAGAAGAAGUACCCGCAACUAUAAAGUUCCUGACCCUCCGGGUCUCUUUGAUGGCCAUAUUUGGCCCAUGUACCAGAAAUACAGGCAGGAGAUGGACAACAAUGGUGUGGAUGUAGUGCAUAUCGAUGGACUGAAAUCCAGAGAUGAGCUUUACCGUCAAGUCCUGGAAGACAUCCAGAAUACACUCUUAAAUCGCUCCUAGCUUCUGGGAAGAGAGUAAGAAAGGGAGUGGGACCUGCCCCUCACGGAUUUAGCAGAUCUCCAUCAUGCCAAAGGAACAAUACACUGAACCAAGCCCAUAGACUCUACGGGGCCCAGAGACAGGCGCCCUCAGCUCCUGGGGAGGUCAAACCGGCUGUGUUGUGAGAAGAACAAGAACUCCAACAUUUGAACUCAUUACAGAGAAGGAAUUACAUUAGCUUCUCCUGCUCCCCACCAAAACUCUAUCCAAGUAAAUCAAUUCGUAUUUUUCUAAAAAUGUUGAGCUUUUCAUUUCUGCAACUGAGAU